AAUGCCUUUGUUAUGGCAGCGUGGCGGCUCCUGUUUCCAUUGCUGCUCUUGCUGUCGGAGUUGUGGUCGAAGACCGAGACUGACAACGUCACUCUAAAAGCGGAAAACUCCACGGAUGAAACGUCCCCCACUGGGACGGCCCCCAGCGAAACGUCCCUCCCCGGGACCUCCCCAAGCGGGACCUCCCCAAGCAGAACUCCAGGCAUGCAGACAGAAGAAAGUGCUGGCUGCCCCUGUGACCUGCAUCCAGGCUUCUGCGACAUCAAUUGCUGUUGUGAUUCACACUGUGGUUCAGAAUGCAACCUUGGUGCCCCUGGGUGUCCCUUCUCUUUCUGCCUUCCAGGCAGUACCAGAGCUGUGAGUCGGGUGUGUUUGGAAAAGUCCCUGAUUUUCCGAAAUAACACUCCCUUCCAUACUGAAAUCCUUCCAAGUCCUGAUGGAUGUAUAUUACUCUUCUGUGUACAGUUAAAUGAUUCCACGUUGAACUAUUUACAAGUGCCACAGAUGGUGACAAAAGUAAAUUUCCCAGUACUUUUAGCACAAUAUGGAAGGCCAUCAUUCAUCCGUCCAGAACAAGUUUGGUCUUCUUCAUCUGCCUUUUAUCAAGUAGGGGAUCCAAUUCAGAUUUAUUAUGCUGCCUCAUCUACACUAAGUGUGCUUAAGCAACCUGUGGGCAUUGGAACUAGUCAGAUUUGCACUGAUGAGAAUCCUGCUGGUUUCCUGGAAAGUAAAACUACCAGCUGUAUUAGGAUCUUUACUGACCUGAUGAGCAGUUGUACCUCUGACCCUGCAUUGGAUGCAGCUUCAUAUUAUCGCAACUUCAGUGUAUUGCAGGUCCCAGUCAAUUUUAGCGAUUUUCACCUCUUCGAGGUCCACAUUAUCCCACAUUCGGAGCCUGCAGCUCCUGUGCUGAAUGGUAAUACAUGCCACAAUGUUGUUUCUGAGGUGAAUUAUGAGAUGGAGUUUAAUGGGAUCCACGGAAUCCAAAAGGUUUACAUUCAGUUCAAAUUGACCAAUAUAUCAGGGAAUCCAGGAGUCACAUUACAACAGCAUUUUUCUCUGCAUUUUGGGAGCAGAAGAUCUUCUUUGACCAAACGAAGAAGUGGAAAUCCUGGCUAUAUCACAGGAGCACCACUAAGAGCUUUAUAUAAUGGGAUCCAGCAACAUGUAACCAUUUUACAGAACCAAGCUAAUGGCCAGUGCUCAGCAGCUGAGAGAUUUACAGUACAAUUUGGGGAAAACGUAAAAACAGGCUGCCAGUUCAGUAUACCCUUCAAACCUGAGGAAAGAAGUUGUAAUGACUUGCAGGAGCCAUUUUACCAAGCCUUCGAAGGAGAACUCAGCACAGGGCAUUUGGCCAUAAUUGGCAAUGCUGAUCCAGGCCAUCCAGAGCAAUGGACCAGAGUUUUUACCCAGAGGUGUAAAUUGCAGGAUGGGCAUUGUAUGAUUCCUGUUUCCCUAGAGAUUCAGGUGAUAUGGUCAAAUGUGGGCCUCUUAUCUAAUCCACAAGCUCAAGUGUUGGGUGCACGGUAUUAUUACCUCUGCAGACCUCUGAAGUCUCUCGGUAUAUAUAUGAACAUGUUGCCUUUGACAAGUACAGUUACCUUCACAGAUGUUACCAAAUGGCCAGAGUCACCUCAUGGUCAACCUGACGUUUAUAGGAAACUUCCAUUUGAUUUCUUCUUCCCUUUUAAAAUGGCAUUGAAUGAAGCUGUGAAUGGUUCAUGCAACUUUUUGGGCACUUUGCUGAUGUCAUUAAUGUUUUAUGGAAUAUUUGUGAGCUUCUAAUACAGAAAAAGAAUAGCAUUUCAUGUAACAUGGAAUCAAAAAUGGUUGCACAAUGAGUGAUAGAGCAUUUAAGAGAAUGGCUAAUUCUCUUCCUAAAUUCCUAAAGAAGGGAGGCUCUGCAACAUCUAUGUGUCAGAUCAUUGAGAUGCAUCUCAGCCAGUCUCAAGGUUGCAUAGAAGGUUAUGUGGACAUCUUGUAAACCAAUAGUCCAUAAUGUAUGCUAUGCAUAACAUUUAAUGUUUAGCCCCUGACAGCAAUUGUUCCAUAAGUGAUGCUGUUUCUAUUUAUGGAUGGGCUGCGUGUGACAGGCUUGCUAUCAGCCUGGGGGAUGUAAAAGUGGGGGUCCAAAGCGAUACUCGCAGGGGUUCUUUUUGUGUUCUGAAACCUCUGAAUUUCUGUCUUCUGUGCAACUCCUUGCCUUUCUUCUGCCUAAAGGCGUGUUAGUGUUGAACAGGCAUCUUUAGAUUACAAGUGACAAAAAAAUUCCUUAAUCAUGGACUCUUAGUAUCUUUUUUCAAGAUGAACUACAUCAAAAGUAUGAAGAAUCCUGUAAUUUUUAGUAUAUGUUUUUUCCUGUUGGGAAUAUGAUUGAGAUAUUUGAUAAAUUACAAUCCAGUAAUUAAUACAAAUAUUUAUUUAACAGCUAAUCUUUUAAUUAAACAAUGUUUAUGCUGUUGUUGCUGUCACUGUUUAGAAUACUAAUUCUUCAUUCAUAGAAUGCUCCAGUCUUUCCUAAAAGAGGGAGCCUGAAACAUGAAAAGCUAUAAUAUAAAUCUAUAUAGGUGCCUUAAUAUCAGAAUCACUCUUUAAAUUGAAAAGAUUUAAUGAUUAUUAUUUCAUUAAAAUAACAUAACACACACAAGUGUUGUAAUGAGUGUUUUCCACUCUCAUGUUUUAAUGUUUUAAUUAUCAAUUACUAUGUUGUAUACAGUUAUAUUUGCAAAUAUAUGCUUUGCAAUGGUGGUACACA